AUGGGAUUCAAAUCACCCUCUCACAACGAUGACACCUUUAACACACGGUUCAAACCAUAUGCCAGAGCAUCACCACGCGCCAUCAGGCCAUUGGCGGCGCGUGAUAUCGAAGACCUUGAAUUGGGCAUCGAAUUAUCCUUGAGAUCUUAUGACUUUGAGCUUGAGCGUCGUGACAAUGUUGAGCCGAACAAUUACCUAUACAUCGUGCUAACUGAAAGAUAUCAGGAGACACGAAUGGGUUCAGCUAUGGAGCUCGACCAACCCAUCACUUUUAGUGGGACAUACGGAUGUCUGGACACCAUUAUGGCGGAUGACGAGGUUAGCACGACUGCCAGUGAUGGAUCCACAACUUACGCGCACAUUCAGAGCGGGGAGAAUCACUCUGCUAAAAGGGAGAGACUUGUCCGUGGCCUGCAGAAAACUGCGGAUAACACUCCGAGCCGCCAUGCUGGGGCCGAUGUUGACAACAUGGUGCCGUGCCCAAAGACCGCACAUCACACUAAGUCCAAGGAGGGCGAGCCAGCAAUAAUUCAGACGACAGACGAAUAUAUCAUACCUCCCACAAUAGCAUGA